AUGUGUUGUUGUACUGUGUCAGAUAUCAUUCUCUAUGUCAUAGCCUUUUUCAUUCCUCCUGUAGCGGUUCUGUUAAGAGCUGGCUUUUGCUCGUCGGACUUCCUAUUGAAUGUGUUACUAACGCUACUGGGGGUCGUACCAGGAAUGUUACAUGCCUUUUACUUUAUUGCAGUUACCAGCCCACUCAGAAGAGAUGCCGAAUACGCCUAUUUUUACCAACAAGGUUGGGUAGACCAUGAGAGACAGGCCCCCAGAAGGGCUGAAAAUCAGCAACCUAGCGUGCAGAAUGUGCCAGACACUCAAACACCACUACUACAAGGUCAGCCUGUGUCCCAUGUGCCGCAUACUGGAGGCAAGAUGGAACCAUCAGCCCCACCACCAUAUGCUGAACUGCCUUAA